CCAUCAAACAACCCGUUGUACUGAAUAAACUAAAAAAAAGAUCCAGUUAGCACGCGCCAUAUUUUUCAGUUUAGAUUUCGAAAAGCAAAAUGUCAAUAAUACGCAUAAUUCAAGAGUCAGAUUUGAUGAAUAAUAGGUCGAUGUUUUCGCUAAAGACGGUUAAUACCGAGUUGGGGAAAAUGGACGAGAUCAUCAAAGAAAAGGAUGUCAUAAUACAGAAUAACUGCGAGAGAAUUCAAGAGAUGGAGGCCCAUAUCGUCGAGCUUGAGGGAUCCCUCCAAAAAUCGCUGCGGGAAAAACGGGACGAUGAGAUACUCGUGAAGUACAACAAAUUUAUACACGACAUCAUGACCAAGCACGAAACCGUUAUGGCGCAGAGGAACGUUAUAUGCGACCACUUGGCCUGUCUCGAGACCGGAUUUGCCGAUUUGGUGACGAAGUACGAGCGACUCAAAACGAUUCUGGCCGGGUACCAAGCGAACCAGGCCGUUUUGGUGGAUAGGGUCACCGAGCAAGUCGGCAACAUCGAAGUGCUGCAACAGAGGUAUGACAAACUGAAGAGCCACACCAACGACAAGCUUCGUGAGGCAAACGCGCACGUUGCGAACAUGCAUAGAAAACACGCGGAGGAAAUUGCGAGCGUUAAAAUUCAACUGCAAGGACAGAAGGACAAGAUUACCGAAUUGGAACAGAGUCUUGCCGAUUGUCGCGGUGAAGCUCCGGUAAAGAAGAAAUUAUUGCCGUCCAUCAUUAAUACGUUUAAGUUUUAUUGAACGUACGUUUUGUUGUUAUUAAUUAAUAAAAGAAACGUUAUUCGUA